UUGGUUCUCUCCUUAUAAUGGAGAUAUUUUUCCCGAUGCAGAGGUUGAAGACGAUACACCUCCUGCUAUUUUCCUUGGCAGAAAGAGCUUAAUGGCCAUGGAGACUCAUUUCAGAUUAGGGCUCUUCACCUCUAAAGCAUAUUAUUACCCAUUUUCCCACUCAACUCUUCCUCCGAAAAGCUCCUCUUUCCAUCAAAAUCGAUCUGUUCCCAAGAAAACUUUCCACGCCGGCAUUCCCUCUUCUGCUCUAUCAGGAAGCGAGGUUGCUGGAGAAGAAAUAGUGCAAAUGUUUCUGAAGGAGAGGCAAACAGAUGGUGAUUUUGUGACGAAGGUUUAUGACAAUUUAUGGAGAAAAUAUGAGUUAAAAUUUGUUGAUCCGAAAGUUAAUAUUAGAGAAGAGCAGAUCCGCCAAAUUGACUUGUUGAAAGUGGAAGUUGAUGAAUUGGAAGAAAAUACUGAAUUUCUAAAACUAACCAAAAACAUGGAUUGGAUCUCUAGUGAGAACACUGCUCCGGUCAACAAGAAAUUAUUGACAAAGAAGUGGAAGGAUGAAGGUGAAAAGAGAAAGAAAGUGAACAUGCUCAAAUAUGAAGCUCUUAAGGGGGAGUUGUUGCUUUUAACCGUAGCAGUUGGAGCUGCUUGUUGUGUAUAUUGUUUUAUAAACUUAUCCACUGAGGCUGCUAUCAGCUAUGCUAUUGGUGUUCUUUUGAG